UGACAAGACAAGCUCACUUUCGUAGCAAUAUAGGAUAGCCGAGUUUGAAGAUGCAACAAGACCAUGUCCGCCGGGGCCAAUCUACCUCAUAACCAAUGGCUGGUAUCAAAACUAGAUCAGAGGCGAUGCAAAAUAUGCAACAUGUAAGAUGACCUUGCGGAUAAAUGGUGUUGUCAGGCGCCAUUGACUGCUUGCUGGCACAAUUCUACCUUCCGAAGAUGCUACGGCAAUAUCUCGUGCAGUUUCAUAACCAUAUCUCGCCGGCCGCAGGACUACAUCUCAGGCGGUAAGCUCAAUAGUCUACAAGAAUAGCUGCAAUAUGGCGUAUUUCGCAACCCUUAUGCGAUGCUAUAUAACAACGGGUGGUGAGUCUGAAUUGAGCUAUCCCUUCUCCAUACUCACAGAUCCAAACAUAUGACGACAAAGAUCAUCGAAAAGCCAGUCUCUGACAAAGGUUAUCACCCCCUUCAACAAGUACUGGACCUUCAGAUCUCUAUCUGCAACAUCAAACAUGGUGCGACUCUUGUCCGUCCUAUCAACCAUGCUAGCAACGCAUGUGCUAUCAGCCACAGCCGGAAAUUGCUUUUCAGAUCAAUCUGAAGACGUGGUACCUGCUCCUACCGGUCCAACAGAAGAUGAAAUACCAUGCCUAAAUAGACCGCCCGCUGGAGAGCUUUGGGCUUGUCAAGACCCCAGUAUUGACUUUCCCACCGUCGAAUGUCUAUUGGCCGACAUUAAGACCUGUGGGAUAGUUGGCGCAGCAACGCCCAUUGCGUCUUCUACUCGCUCGGCGUGAAAUUCAAACAGAUGGGUCCGCUCAAGAACCUACUCACCCCACCGGGUAUUAUGUACAACGACAUGCUGGACGGUGAUUACUGGGCUAAGGUUUUCAACGGUCGGUAUGAAACUUUCAAGCUGGAUAUUAAGGGGAGGAGUAACGUUCUCCUUGAGCGCACUGUGAAAGCGUUCGCCUGGGCUUGCAGUGUUGAAGUCCUCGUGUAUGUCUUGCAGCGGCAGGGUGAACUAGGUGGAUUCGGUGCCUUCCAGACUCCUAAACCUGAUCCUGACGACCCGAUCCUGGUCCCAACAUUCUGCAAACCUAUGAACUUCCAACUUUGCAACGCAACAGCGCUGUCACGCGUAUUGUUAGCGUUGACGCCUCCAACAAUCUCCAGAAAGACGUGGACUGGGAGAAUGGACAAUCGGCGCCAGGUCUGAAUAAUCCUCUCCUACCCGAAAGUCCAGCGAGUACUCUACCUAUCCCACCCGUUCCUGCCGGAAUGCGAAAAUUUAGAAGAGACGGUAACGACACACAUCCUGAUUUUCCACCACUUUGUCCGAUCCCUGUCGCCGCGGCAGAUGCUACUCCUGGCUCUACGACCUCAUCCCCUCCAUCUUCGAUCACUUCUGCACCAGCCAUGCCUAAACCAUCUUGCGUCUUACAUGAGCAGGAUCCGGAUCAAGGCAUCACACAAGCGUUCUGUCUCUGCGACAGCACGGCGACUCUGACCUCACUGUCUGUGCUGUUGACAGGUCAUCAGAGCGAUAGCUGUGCAUACACCGACAUUCCCGCCACGGCGAAAGAAACCAUCACGACACGUACACCAAGAACUGCCAGGGCUGCACUCAAGUUGGGUUCAAUGAUCCCAGCUGCACGACUGUUCCCCAUUGCACUCCCACUACUGCAGAGGUUACCGUUCAAGCAGGAAGCUCUCCAGUACACGUAGGCAUCUUGACCGGCACAGCUCUCUACACCUCCGUUUCCAGCGCCCUGGAAAAACUAUGUCCUUCAGUGACUCAAACCAAGAGCUCCACCGCCUGCGAGACAGGCAGUGUGACUGUUUCGAAGAUCGAGUACGUCAGCGCCGGCAGCCUCGACAGUAACGGGAGACUGGAGAUAAAGGUGGCCGCGAGUUCGUACAACUCGACCACCCUCCGCGAUGCGAUGAUCAAGUCCGCGGCUCUGACGGCGCAGAAGGGCUCCGAGCAACAAAGUUCCUGCUCCAACCAGACGUACACGACCUAUGUGAAGCGCGACGUGCCCCCGCCGCCGCCGUCACGAAUCUUCGGCAGAAGAAGUGCCUUUUUCCAGCCAGAACCAGUCGAGCAUAAAGGUCUCUUUUGCAACACCGCCUCCUUUGCGGGCGUCGGAUACUUCGGAGCUGAAUGGCGAAAGGCCCAGCAUCCCGGUGCAGAAGCAUACAUCGACGCUACGUGGGACUUCCAAGCGGACCCAACUGGAGACUUUUUGUGCGACUUCAUCGAGGAUCUCGAGGUCGGGUUGGCAGUGGUGGCGCCAGAGUUCGUCGCAGGCGACCUUGCUUUGGUUCCGGAGAUUCAGGCAUUUUGCGGCGGCACGUUUGAUAGAUGAUUCGAAGAGAAGACACCUGCAUUCUACGGAGUAUGGGCAAGAAACCCUUGGGAGGUGUGUUGAGCUAUGUGGAAGAUUCUGAGUUGAACAUUGUUCCGUACGGAGUAAUGGGUAGGUGUGCAUGGUUCUUGGAGUAUUCCCCUCCCCCAUUUUUUCUGUAUAACAAUAAUUGCACUUUACUUCUUCC